CAGUACUCAAAGUUUAACUGCCAACCCCAAAACAGACACAAAAUUAGGAAAAGUUGGGCGUUAAGAUUAUAUGAUCAGAACCUGCGUCACUCUGCAUCUUUUGUUAUACCUGCAAACCUGUCAAACUCAACCAAGUUGAUCAUACAUUUACCCACUUAUUUUGCCUGUCUCGAUUAAUUUUGACAUCUUGCAGUUCGCUUUUUCCCACUCAUCAAGAUGAAAGGAAUCAUCGACGUCCUUCAGCUACAAAUAGAAAGGGAGCGAGUCAAACCAAUCGUUCAGCCUAUCGACUAUACUCAACAUAAUAGCACCUUCUAUGGAGCCAGAUACAUUUUUGAAUGCGGUUACAAACUGAACAUGCAACCUUUGACCAUUGCAACUGCUGCCACAAUAUUUCAUAGAUUCUUCAAGAAAGCGGAAUUGAGCUCAUAUGAUGUUUACUUGAUAGCUGCAACUUCAUUAUACAUUGCUGGAAAAACGAAAGACGAUGCCGUGAAGAUCAGGGAUGUGAUAAAUGUGGCCAACAACACCCUUCACAGGGGCUCGCCACCGCUGGAUCUGAAUGAUGAAUAUUGGAGCAUGCGAGAUGCAAUUGUUCAAGCAGAGUUGCUGCUCAUGCGCAUGGUCCGAUUCGAAGUGACCCACGUCCACCCACAUAAGUAUCUACUCCACUUCUACAAGUCGCUCCAAGGAUGGUUAUCACCCUCAGACUGGCGCGAAACACCCUUGAUCGAAGCAGCCUAUGCUUUUCUGCAAGAUUUUCACCAUAGCUCGGUUGUGCUGUAUCAUAAACCACAGCACAUUGCGGUAGCAUGCCUAAAUCUAGCCAUGCAAGUCUACGGUAUCCAAGUGCCAUGCACCGAUGAAACAGAGCGGACAUGGUAUAGUGUAUUUGUGAAUGACCUCUUAAACGAGACCCUGUGGGAAAUUAUGGAAUCAAUAAUGGAUGUUUACUCAAAGAAGUAAAAUUUCAAGAAAUCGCUCAGAAAGAUUUUGCAUUUAAGCUUUAUUACUAUUAUUUUCAUCAAAAUUAUACGCAGGAGACCAGAAGACAAUAAAAUUUAAGUCUGCUAAAAA